CCCCCUCAUUACCUUUCUUCUUCUUCUUCUUCUGCAAAAGGAACAGCAGCAGCAGCAGCAGCAGCAAAAGAAGCUCCAUCCAUGGCAACCUCUGCUUUCCAACAAUCAGCCUUCGCCGGGCAGACAGCUCUCAAGACCCAGAAUGAGCUCGUCCGGAAGGUCGGCAGCUUCGCCGGCGGCCGCGCCACCAUGCGCCGCACCGUCAGAAGCGUUCCCCAGAGCAUCUGGUAUGGUCCAGACCGCCCAAAGUACCUGGGCCCAUUCUCCGAGCAAACUCCAUCCUACUUGACCGGUGAAUUCCCCGGUGACUAUGGCUGGGACACUGCCGGCCUCUCAGCCGACCCGGAGACCUUUGCCAAGAAUCGCGAGUUAGAAGUGAUCCACUGUCGGUGGGCCAUGCUCGGUGCCCUAGGCUGCGUUUUCCCGGAGAUCCUGGCCAGGAACGGCGUCAAGUUCGGCGAGGCUGUUUGGUUCAAGGCCGGUGCUCAGAUCUUCUCCGAGGGCGGUCUCGACUACCUUGGAAACCCUAACUUGAUCCACGCGCAAAGCAUCCUCGCCAUUUGGGCUUGCCAAGUGGUGCUCAUGGGCUUCGUGGAGGGCUACCGGGUCGGGGGCGGCCCGCUGGGCGAGGGCCUCGACAAGAUCUACCCGGGCGGGGCAUUCGACCCGCUUGGUCUGGCGGAUGACCCGGAGGCAUUUGCAGAGCUGAAGGUGAAGGAGAUUAAGAAUGGGAGGUUGGCUAUGUUCUCGAUGUUCGGAUUCUUUGUUCAGGCCAUUGUUACCGGGAAGGGUCCGAUUGAGAACCUGUACGAUCACCUUGCUGACCCGGUUGCCAACAAUGCUUGGGCCUACGCCACCAACUUUGUACCCGGAAAAUGAAGAAUGAAGAAGAGGUGUUAACAUGUGUAAUGGUGUAUUAUUAUUACUAAAUGUUGUUAAUUGGGUUUCAUCAGAAGUCAUCUGCUUGUGGAAUAUUAAUGGAUUAGCACCGAUGGAUGUAUUAGUAUUGCAAAUCUCAAUUUUGAAUGUUCAGCUCUUGUUCUUUUUA